AUGGAGCGCACCUUUUCCGCCAGCGGCCGCCACAAUCACCCCACGUUCGGCUCCCCCGCGCUCCGCCCUUCCGCCUCCCCCCUCUUCACCCACGCUUCCCACGCCACCGCGCGAUCCCCGCCGCACUCCCCGUCGUACUCCCCGCCGUAUUCCCCGCCGUAUUCCCCCCCCUACUCCCCAAGCUCCCCCUCUAAAGGCCCCUUCCCCCAGGCCUCCCCACGCCUUAGAUGCCUAUAUAUAGCGAUUCUGAUAGUAGUCUCGUACAAUUUAAGUUACGUGGUAGAGCAUUUAACUCUGUCUUUAUUAGGCCGCCCUAACGCGUGGUCGCACGGCGGCGCGAAGGGCGGGGAGGAGGAGUACGGCGCGUACGGCGCGGACACCGCGCUUUAUAACGCGCUGUCCGCGGCUAUCGAUAGCGGGGAUGACCCGCCCACGCUGGCGUCUUUCACGCCUCCCGACCUGCCCGAAUGGGACCCCAACGACGUGCAAGUGGAGGUGCCAGUGGGGCCGUCCCGCGUGCAAGUGGAGGUGCCGGUGGUGUUCUACCAUGGCCGCCCGGGAGCCUCGCCCUGCCAUAAGUCGCAUUAUGUCUAUAAAGUAGUCUCCGAGGCGCGCAAGCACAACAACGCGGUGCAUUUCAUCGGCCCUCGGGAGUGUCGGCAGUUUUUCUUCCACAUGGGGGUGGCCUUCGAGGAGCAUGCGGAGUACGAGGAGGUGUAUGAGUGGUUCAUUCGCAACCUUGGGACUCCCGUGGACGUGCAUGUGCGAUGGUUCAUACUAAAGAAGUUCAUGGAGCGCCACAACUACGGACGCAUAUUCCACCUCGCCACCGAAGUCAUGCUCUUCGCCAAUGCCUCCCAGGUGCCCACAACAGCGCAGCGCUCCCCUUCUCCGACAGCAUGCCUUCUCGAGUGGCAGUGUGCCUUUUUCCCUCUCUCUCUCCCCAACACCAUCCCUACUCCGCCCUCGCUUUGCCGGCCUGCUUGCCCAGCAUUCCCCACCCACUGCAUCCCACUCCCUCUAACUGCCUCCCUUUAUUCGGACCCCUUGUAUUCCUGGCUAUUCUUUUUUGCGUCCUCUCAGGUGGCGGCAUGGCUCUUCCCUAACUCUGACCUCGCUCUCCCUGCGCGCUGGCCCAGCAUCAGGCCUCCAUUGAGGCCCACUCAGUACUCCUCUGCAGGUGAGCUCACAGCCCAGCUUGCGUGCUCUUCUCUGCAGGUGAGCUCACAGCCCAGCUUGCGUGCUCUUCUCUGCAGCCCAGCUUGCGUGCUCUACUCUGCAGGUGAGCUCACAGCCCAGCUUGCGUGCUCUACUCUGCAGGUGGGUGCGGUUGGCUUCCCUCCUCCCUCUCACCCUCUCCCUGCGCGCUGUCCCAGCAUCGGACCUCCGUUGGAGCCCACUCAGUGCUCCUCUGCAGGAGUGGGCACGCACAUAGCCCUCAUGUCAUACGCAGCGCUGGUGGACUGGUGUCUCUUCCUGCACGCUGUCUUUGACUCGGCCAUGUUCGGAGGAGACAAGGACACCCAAGACCUGGUGCUGCUGCCGUCCUACGUGGAUGUUACAAUCAUGGGCUGGUACACUUUCGCUGGCUGCUGGCUGCAGUGGGUGGAGCCCCCAUGUGUGUCAGGCGUCAAACCCGAGACCGCCAAGGCACUCCGCAAGCGGGGCAUCCAACCGCGCUUCCGAGUGCAAUCCCUCUGCCAGCCGCGGCGCUGCCUCAACUCCUCCUGGUCCGACCCCGGCCUCUGCGUCUUUGACAACAACUUCUCCCUCACGCCCGGCCGCCCGUUCUUCAAGUUUAAAACCGGGGACAAGUGUCCGAGCACGAUGCACUAUGGGUUUUACCGCGGGUGGGAGGAGGAGGCGCAGACGGAGCCGGUGCAGUUCCUGGCGGUGCAUUUCAUGCAUCGCAAGAAAGAGUUUCUGAGUACAAAGUUUCCGCCUGAACCAGAGAAGUCGUGGGGUAGUGCGAGCGAGUAG